AUGGAGGUUGGAGGCUGGAAUCCGGUGCUAAGAAGAAGACGAGUUGCAAAUCAAAAUGGAGGAUCAGUGGAUAAUGGUGUGGUUACUAUCUUCGUGGAUGAGAUCCCAAACUCUAUGACUCCAAAGUGUUUGUUUGCUCUGUUUAAUAAUUUUGGCGUAGUUAAGGAUGCCUUCAUCCCAUCCAAAAGACGAAAAGCGACAGGGUCGAGGUUUGGGUUUGUGCGAUAUGAUUAUAAGGUGGCUGCUGAAAUGGCGGUGCAGAAGGCUAAUGGAUUAUGGUGCGAUAACAAGGCCCUGAAAGUAAAAAAAGCAGAGUUCAAAAAAGGAGAGGUUAAGCAACAUGUAAUGACAAACAGAGGAGAUGCCCCGAUGAUGCAGCGUCCACAGCGGAGUUUCGGACAUAGAAGGAUGGAUGGCAUAGGUUGA